AUGGCUCUACCAACCAUGAACGGCGAUCAAGGUCCUACCUCCGAGCAAGGUAGUUGGGACUUCUUGUCCUCCCGCUCCGAUGAGCUAUCUUCCCACUCCUCUGACUUCAACGGAGUUGGCACCGCAUUCGGAGACUUAGACUCUCAUCCUUCUGACAUGAGUCUUGGGCUCUCGGCCAACAGCGACGAAGUCAGCCUGAGGUUUGAAGAGCAAGACUACUUGAUCAAGUCCAAGCUCGCCAGUGUCGAGACUCAACUCGACUACAUGAGCGACACCGCCAACUUCCCCAACCUAUCAGCGGAAGAAAUAAUGAGCCAACGCGAGGCUCGGGAACAGGCUCGUGCCGAUCUAGUGAGACUGAAGGAGGAGAACCGUUUGAACCGUAUCCGCUAUGAUGAACUGCGAGAUGAGAUCAUCGGCUCAACUGAUGGAAACCUCACUCCUACCCAGGUUCUGGCCAAGAUGGAGGAGCUCGGUCGAGUUGAGGUUGACCUCCUCGAGAGUAACAUGGCGCUGCGAGAGAUGAGCGAAGCCCAAGAAGACUCCUCGUCUAGAAGCGAUGGAGAUGAUGAGGCCUCGUCUGAUAAUGAGUCGGAUGAAUCCAUCAUCCAUCAAACCACGUCCGAGUCCGACAGCGAGGACGUUGUCUCCCAGUUUGCCCGCUCAGAUGGUAACUCCGCUGCCGAUGGCGGCAACAAUGCUGCAUCCCCUACCAACCAAGGCGUUGCAUCUGAUGAACAGGACGCCCCAACCAGCAACCAAAAUGAGACCGUCUCUAUUCGCUCUGAUGAUGAGAUUUACAUGAUCAACAUCAAUUCGGUUUUCGAUCCUGACAGUCCCGCUGACUCUCGUCGUGUUCUCCUCGAGAAGAUCCCACAGGGCACUAGUCUCACCCAGAUUGCCGAUGCGGUCUGCGGUAUUGGCGGUCUAGUCCGCAUCUCCAUCAUGGACAACAUUGUCAACAGCGGCACGGCGUUUAAGAUAGCUUGUGUCGAGUUCCGCGACUCCACGGCUGCUAAGAGAUAUGUUGCCAACGUCAAGGCCAAUGGACUUGAGCUUGUUGACGGCACCGGACGCUUCUUCGAGAUUGAAGUCAAGCUCAUCAACUCAACCUCGUCCUACGAUUCCCGCCAUGGGCACCCGCUUGAAUAUGGUGUUGGCUAUCAUAGCGAGCACUCGGGUCGUUGCAUCACUCUCGAGAACUUUCCUACAUCAGCCAUCUGGCAUCUGCUCACUCGAUUCGGAACCAAGUACAUUAUCCGUGCUACCUUUUCCGCGAACGAGAAUCAGAUGAACGGCAAGCUAUCCAUUGAGUUUGCCAGUGUCUUCGAGGCUGGUCGUCUCUGUUACAUGAUUCUGAACCAUGUCUUCUUACCUUACCAUGGACCUGCUUCUCAGAUGGGGUUUGGCCCGACUCCUUCUGAUCGUGAUGUGGUGGAACUCACCAACUCCGUUUCGAACACAGUUGCAUUUGUCCCACCUAAGCACCUAUCUGAUGCAUGGAAUGUGCAGCCCUUCAACUUGUUCACCCCCUCCUCCAACUUUGCCUACGGGGCACCUAUUCCCCGACGUGCGGUUACCAGCCGCACCUCGUCCAUGAACGUGGAGGUUGUGUCGCGCACCCCAUCGAUGAACAUUGAGGCACCUCAGACCCCGUCGAUGAAUGCGGAGGCGUCACGUAGGCUGUCAAUCAACGUGGAGACGUUGCAUCGUCCGUCUUGCUACCCCGGAAACUAUGCCGUUGUUCCGCACAUCCUCGUCCGCGAUGACAAGAACUCUCCUGACCUCCGGGAUAUCCAGAUGACCAACAUCACUUUCAACUUCGUUGACGGCAACACUAAAUACAUCAUCGUUAAGGGCAAGAUCUUUUCUCGUCAAGUCAACGGCGACAUCUACACCAAGCUCGAUGACACGGAGCUCAUGAAACUCAAGCAGGACAAUGUUCUUAAGACCAACUGGGCUCCUUUCUGGAGACACUAUUGCGAGGCAAAUGAAAUGCCCUACCUGCCCAAGUACGCCGAGUAUGGCCGUGUCGCUAGUGUCCGCCGCAACAUUAACAAGAAGUUCGGAUUCUCGUCGUCCUGGAAUCCCGAGAGACUCACCGCGAUCCCCAAUCAGAUCAAGGCAUAUCUGAACCCAAAGUCGCGCAAGGUAGUCUCGACAGCCGAGGCCGAGCGAAAGUAG